UGAUUGUCGAUUGGUUUUAUUGUAAAGGGUUUUACAUGUAUUUGGAGACAUCAGUGUAUCCUGUUGUGUCAGGACAUAAGGCCCGGAUCAUGUCCCCCGUCUUCAACACAACAUCUAACAAUUGCCUAGAGUUCUGGUACAAUAUGAACGGUCGUCAUUCUGAGACACUAAAAGUUUAUAUCAAGGAUCCUAAAGCACCACUGGGCUCACCAGAAUGGACGAUGUCUGGGGAUCAUGGCGACAGAUGGUAUCGUGCAACGGUGUCUGUCAAUCCUGCACUGAAGUCUUUUAUUGCUGUAUUUGAGGCAGUGAGAGGUGAAGGAGAAUAUGGUGACAUUGCUCUUGAUGACGUCUAUGUCCACGCGGGGGCAUGUCCUGAGAUUCCAACACCGGCACCACCUCUGCCAAGGACUGACGUAAGCUGCACUUUUGAGGUAGACAUGUGCAAUUACACACAGGGUAUAGGCGACAAAUUUGACUGGGCUUUGUACAAUGGUGAUGGAUACCGAAGCUACGUUCUACCACGUGUAGACCAUACAAAAGGCACCGACAAAGGAGCAUUUGUUCAUAUCAAUCCGUUGUACUCUAACUCCAUCGGAGAUGACGCUAGACUCGUUAGUCCAUUGAUAAAGAUGAAUACGGACACCAUUUGUUUAAGAUUUUUCUUUUAUAUCAACCACUGGUCCGUGGACAAGUUUGCCAUAUACUUAGUACUAGAAGGAGAAAGCAAGCCGUUGGAUCCAUUCUGGGCUAUUUACAAUCAAAGAUCGUCAACAUGGCAAAAGCAGGAUUUGGAGAUAUAUCCACAAGAUUCAAAUUUCUAUAUAAUGUUUGUAGGAACGAAAGGGUCAUCAACUUAUCCGAAUAUCGCCCUAGAUGACAUCACAACGACGAAUGGACCAUGCAAAGUCAUUACACCGACUCCAGGUUUGCCCAACGCCGAUUGCGACUUUGAGAAAAAUUUGACAUUAUGCGGCUAUGAACAGGACACUACAGAUAAUUUUGAUUGGAUUUGGCACCAAGGUUCGACAGGAUCGAAAAAUACUGGACCUGUAAAUGACCACACUAUCGGUGAUUCCACAGGUCACUACAUAUAUAUAGAAACAUCCGACCCACGGCGUCCAAGUCAAAGGGCAAAAAUUACAUCCCAGACAAUUGCCGGCCGUGAUGAGCCUAUCUGCCUUAACUUCUGGUACCAUAUGAAAGGCGACCAUGUAGGAACGCUGAAUGUAUACAAAUUAUAUACAGGUAGCUAUAGACGGUCAAUUUGGAGCAAGAGGGGCAACCAAGGAAAGAAUUGGAAAAAAGCAAUGGUUUUGAUCAAUCAAGACUACGAAGGAAGUGGAACAUACGAUAUUGUGGACCUCAGUUUUAAGAUUAUUUUUGAAGCCAUUGUUGGUAAUGGCCAUGAGGGAGACAUUGCUCUAGAUGACAUCACAUUUGAAGUCGGACCAUGCAAAUCAGAAGAGAGUGAAGAGAAGGCAAUUCCAAAGUCAUGUGACUUCGAGUCCGGUGCUGAGGACUGUGGAAUAUAUCAAUAUAUCGGAGAUGAAUUUGAUUGGCUACUUAUAAAUAAAUCAGAUGCUAGUAAAUAUAAAAAAUAUAAAAAAUAUUUGAAAAAUCAUGGCUCGAUCAUGGCACUGGAUUUAGACGGCAAGAAAGCACAUGCAAGAGCCAUCCUAAGAGGAACCAUCGUGGUGAAACCAAACACCCAGUAUUGUAUGUCUCUAGACUAUAUAGCUACUGGCGAUGUUACUCAACGGAUUAAUAUUUUAAUGUUGAAAACUAAGACUAAUUACUAUGGAUCAAUUGUAACCAAGCCACUAAAGAGCAUAUCCGGACAUAAGGACGAUGAAUGGAAAACAGCGUAUAUCAAUAUAAAUCCAAAAGAAAACAAUGUAACGUAUUUGAUUGAGGGUGUUGCUGGAGCAACGGAUCAAGGACGAAUAGCAAUUGAUAAUAUCAUCGUUAACGAAAAGCCAUGUAAUGAAACAAAACAAGAGAAAAGGCAGAUGGAUGAGCCCGCAAGUUUUGGCACGGGUAUAGGUAUAGGCUUUCUUAUUUGUGUACUAGUACUUGUGUGUCUUCUGAUCGCUGUCUAUGCAUUUCACAAUAGAAGGCGAGGAUUACCACGGUACACGAAAGAAUUGAACACCAAUGCUAUCUUUAAAGGUGGAGACCAUGACCCAGAUGUUAACUUCAGCUAAUGACGUGGAAUUAUGUUGACAGCACUUAAUUAUUAUUUUAAUCAUUUCUGGAGAAAAGAAAACGAAUAUUUUUUAAACAACGCAGAUUUUAAAUAUUUCAUUUGAGUGGGAUCCUUUGAUUGUUCAUACUGAUUCGAUAAGAAUGAUGAAAAUGUAAUCGUGAGCAGAUAUUCAUUUUGCUAAUCCUGUUUCAAUUUCUUAUCCCUGCGAUUUUUGUGUGGUACGGCGCCUAUUAGUCAGGCAUGCACUCCGCCGACGGUGGUCGACCGAUGCAACUCCGGGAUUAAGCGCGCGCAACUGAUUAUUUUCAAUAACAAUCUGCUCAGACUUGCCACCGAAAAUCAGCAGACGGCUUCGCGUAGUCAAGCUCUCCAAGAAAGCGAAGAUGUAUUCGUCUGCCGACGGUCGUACGACCAUCAUACGGCGCAGUGUAUGCCCGGUUUUAGACUAGUUUAUAUUGAAUCACCCGGUUUAUCACGUGAACACAUGGAAUAACCACAUUGAAAUAGUCAAUAUGAUAAAUAAACUCAUAUAUUAGACUUCAACUGAUAUUUUGCCCACAGAGGGCGUGAAUGACGUCGUGAAUAAUUUACACAGUCUAAGUAUAGCCUAAUAGUUGCCUCAGAAGCAUGGAUUUUGUCGUCACCUGUAUUAUAGGAGGAACAUUCGGACCCAUGGGGACACAUGGUCCAUAGUACAAAUCGUCCCACACAUGAUUAGAAUAUGAUAUUAUGAUCUGAAUGAAACAGAAUAUAUUUUUGAAGGUUUUAUUACCAUUGGACUCAGGAGCGACUCAUGUCUGGACCAUUUUAUCCAUAAUUAAAUCUGUAAUCGUUUAGGCCUCAAUGUUUUAAGUACAGGCCUACAGUUUAGAUGCUGUGUAUUUUUUUCUUAUGUUAAUUCAUUUAAGUGCCUUCGCAUGGCUUAUGGUAAGGAGCUCCUUAUGUAAUAAAUGAAUCACUAAAUAAAAUAAUGAUACCUAAGCUAUAUAAUGGUCGUUUGUGUUAUGUUGCAUUUGUGCUGAAUUAACUUUGUUGAUCUUCAUAAAAGUUUUCUUUUAUAAAAAAAAAAAAAAAAAAAAAAAAAAAAAAAAAAAAAAAAAAACCCAUAAGGGAAACCAUAUUAGACAUAAAAACGGCCGAUAUGACAAUGGUCUCGUUGCUGAUGUUGACAUUAUGAAAUACAAUCUUUAAAAUGAAUUAGUUUAAAUUUAUGACGACCGAAUUUGAAAAAGGAUUGUUUUGAGUAAGUUAUUUGCUUUAAUAUAUUCCUAAUCUUUGGAGACGUAUCGUGGACUGUCAAAUCUGUAUUUGGAUUGUGCCGUAUUGGAUAUUAGGAUUAAAAUAUUAAAUGGUUUUUACAAUAGUAUAAUAAAUUAAAUCGGUCGAUAGUAUAUAGAUAGGAUGGGACACAUUUUAGAUCUGAAAUACAAAUUGUUAAUUGGUUAAACCAUUUUAAUUUGAAAUAUAAACGUGGUACUAUGUAUUGUAUAAUCAAAUAAUUGUAGGAACAGGUCACUAAUAAAGGAACAAUGAUGUAGA